AUGGAUGGAGCUAGUUAUAGGCGGAGAUCCAGAACUCCACCUAGUGAGACUUUUUCCUAUGAAGAGGAGGACAGCUGUCGACAUAGGUGCAAAAGCCCGCCUAGCAGGGGCUUAGGGAACAAUGCCAUGAACAAAGCGUUAAGCCAAGUCUCCAAAUCACCCUUCACAAGGAAUAUAGAAGAUGCGAUUCUUCCUCGGCGAUUCCACCAACCUAUAUUCACCCUAUAUGAUGGUCGGACAAACCCAAUAGAACACGUUAGCCAUUUUAGCCAAAGGAUGGCUAUCUACUCCAGGGAUGAGGCCUUGAUGUGCAAGGUCUUUUCAUCAAGUUUGGGUCCGGUGGCGAUGAGAUGGUUUAACGGUUUAAGGGCCAACUUUAUUGAGUCCUUCAAAAAGCUUACCCGGGCUUUUGGCACUUGCUUUAUCACCUGCAGUAGGGUUCCUCGGCCUUUGGGAUCCUUGCUGUCUAUGUCCAUACGAGAAGGCGAGACUCUUAAAGCUUAUUCAAAUAGAUACUGGGAAAUGUUUAAUGAAAUAGAGGGAGAGCAUGAUGAUAUGGCUAUAAGUAUUUUCAAGGCUGGUCUUCCAGCCGAGCAUGAUUUAAGGAAAUCUCUAACUGGUAAACCUAUUACCAGUGUACACCAAUUAAUGGACAGGAUCGACAAGUACAGAAGAGUAGAAGAAGACCAACUUCAGGGAAAAGGAAAGACUAAGGUAAUCCCUCAGGAGAGAAGAGAUUUCAGGUCGGGCUGUUACAAUAGUAAUCGACCUCGGAAAGACUUCGUUGGGCAAUCGGGUUCUGCUGACACCCAGUUGGUUAAUGCAGUGUUUCGGGAGUCAGUGCAGUAG